AUCACUCUUGAGCCUAGAGAGGGCGAGAGGCACGCUGCGCGCUACAUGACCUACAUUGCCUGGGAAGCAAAGAACCGAAGGGAUCCACAGAGCACCACGGUCCCUGCUAGUUCAGCGCCUGUCGUUGCUGGACCGGUGAUCAAGAGCGCCUCGAUGGCACCGCCAAACGAGAAGCCACUGACCGAACAGGCUCUGUUGAUCGUGCUUUUCGACCUUGGCACAAGCACCGGGUUCAAGAAAGCGCAAGACGGCUCUCGACCGCAAGUGACGCCUAUUACCGGUCAACAGUGUCCUCGGCUGUGCAUUCGGGGUUUGCUCGGCCCGCACGCUUACCCCUGUCUCGACCUUUUCGAGGCCCGUUCAACCUUGGUGGACAUUCUGUCGUCUAGCUCUGAUCCCGCACCAAACCCUCUCAACAUCAUCGAAAAGCCCAUGUGGAAUGAGCGCAUCCAGCCCGAGUCGGAUUCCAUUUAG